CGGCGGUUGGAGAGCAGGGUGCCGCGGAGCGACUUCCGUUUCCGGCGAGGCCCUGGGCUCCGGAGGCAGGCGCGGUGGAUCCAGGCUUGCAGCAGGGUGGGAGUCAGGCGGCUUUGCGUGCGAGGCCGGGGUGAGGGUGUUGUCCCACGUCUGGCCGCCACGCGUGACCGCGGUCCCUGCCUCCCGCCAGCCUCGCCACGAUGCCCUUGCACAAGGUCCCUGUCGGCCUGUGGAAGCAGCUCCGGCUGCGGGAGGGCAUCUAUUCCCGCCUGCCCCGGCACUACCUGCGCUCCCUGGAGGAGGCGCGGACGCCCAUUCCCGUGCACUACAGGCCUCACGGGGCCAAGUUCAAGAUCAACCGCAAAAACGGGCAGCGGGAGCGCGUGGAGGACGUGCCCAUUCCGGUUCACUACCCCCCGGAGUCCCAGUUGGGGCUGUGGGGCGGCGAGGGCUGGGUGCUGGGUCACAGAUACGUCAACAGCGACAAGCUCUCCAAGAGGGUGAGGAAGGUGUGGAAGCCGCAGCUGUUCCAGCGCGAGCUCUACAGUGAGAUCCUGGACAAGCGGUUCAUCGUGACCCUGACCAUGCGCACCCUGGACCUCAUCGACCAGGCCUGGGGCUUCGACUUCUACAUCCUCAAGACCCCCAAGGAGGACCUGUGCUCCAAGUUCGGGAUGGACCUGAAGCGGGGGAUGCUGCUGCGGCUUGCCCGACAGGACCCCCAGCUGCACCCGGACGACCCCGCCAGGAGGGCAGCCAUCUACGACAGGUACAAGGCGUUCGUCAUCCCUGAGGCAGAGGCCGAGUGGGUUGGCCUGACGUUGGACGAGGCCGUGGAGAAGCAGAGGCUCCUGGAGGAGAAGGACCCCAUUCCUCUGUUCAAGGUCUUCGUGGAGGAGCUGCUCGGGCAGCUUCAGCAGCAGGCCCUCUCUGAGCUGGCUGUGGUGCAGAGGAGAGCCAGCAGGAAGUAGCGGGUCGUGACCUGGGCCUCGGCCGAGCUCAGCGCCCCAGCCCCCGCUGGCACCACGGACAGAGCCCAGGGUGCUGGUGAGGGCCGCCCGUGGCCGUGGGCCAACCCUCGUGUGCGUACUGGCCCUGCAGCUCCCAGCGGGGGUGGUCUUGCCACAAGAGGCCUCUUGUCCCAGGAUCCCCAGGGGCCUGGGGCCAUCUUGCUACCUCUGUGGUCCCCUCCCUUGGGGGCAGCAUGAGUAAAGUCUGAGUUGGGCUGAG